AUGCUGCUGCACCGCCAUCUCUCCACCCUCCUCCUAGCUGUCCCCGCCCUCGCGGCACCACACCCCCACACAAAACGCACCUCCCGAACCUCCGCUCCAGACGGCUGCCUCACUGUCUCCAAAGAUGGAUCCGGCACAUACAGCACAAUCGCCGCAGCUCUCUCCGCACUCGGCUCCUCCUCAUCCGAUGCCUGCAUUUUCAUUGCGGCAGGCACCUACCAAGAGCAACUGACAAUCGACUACGGCGGCUCUCUGACAAUCUACGGCGAGACGACGGAUACAGGGAGCUACAAGCAGAAUACCGUGACGAUCACACAUACCAUCUCGUCUCCCGAGUCCGGCUCGCUUGUCUCGAGCGCCACGGUCAAUGCGCAGAUGGAUGAUUUCGCCAUGUACAAUGUCAAUGUUGUUAAUGGGUAUGGGAAGGGGGCGCAGGCUGUUGCACUCGCUGCCAGCGGUGAGCGCCAGGGCUACUAUGGCUGCCGGUUCCUCGGGUACCAGGAUACGCUGUAUGCGCGGGCUGGGAUCCAGUACUAUUCCAACUGCUACAUUGAAGGCGCAGUAGACUACAUCUUCGGCGCCGCAAGCGCCUGGUUCGGCGAAUGCACAGUCGUCUCGAAUGGAGCAGGCUACAUCACCGCCAUGUCUCGCGAAGUGGCCUCUGACCCGUCCUGGUACUGCUUCGACCACUGCGACAUCUCCGGAAAAUCCGGUCUCGACCUCACGGGCGAUGUAUACCUCGGGCGACCCUGGCGGGUGUUAGCGAGGGUGAUUUAUCAGAAUUCGGGGUUGAGUGAUAUUAUUAAUCCGCAGGGUUGGACGACUAUGGCUGAGGGGGCAACGCCGCUUUAUUAUGAGGUGAAUAAUACGGGGGAGGGGGCCGAUACGAGUGAUAGGUUGUACGAGAGUGAGAUUGCCGGGGCGGUUGAUAAGACGACGGUGCUGGGGAGUGGGUGGGUGGCGUGGAUUGAUCGGUCGUAUUAG